AUGCGAAGACCAGCGAUGUUUAAAUGCUUCACUGGAGAUCAUUUUAUCUGGGACAGUCAUAGGUGCAACGGAAUCUUUGAAUGUCCAGACGGAUCUGACGAAACAGGCUGCGCAGAUAGUAAGAGAUUCUCAACCUUUUUAAAGAGAUAGUAGUGUUAUUGGACAUACCUUUACCACCCUCAGAACUAGUUUUGCAAGUGAUCAACUAAAACAAAAAUAAAUUGCCGCAUUUAAAUGUCAUUUAAAAAUUUGUCAAUUGGUUGUUCAAUGUUUAAAUAGAGGGGCCAGGAAAAGAUGAAUUCGGUUAGGAAGACGGUUGAACACAUACACUAUCCCCUCGAGAUGUCUUUUUCCCCAAGGUUCUUCAUUCUUGACUAAUAAGCUUAGCCAUUCAGUAUAAAUAAUAAUAGUUGUUGGUCCGAAUUCCUUUGUAAUAAAUAGCGUUCUUUUGCCAUCCUUUGUCUCAGAAGUGUGUAAAGAUGAAGAAGGGGGAACAUAUCUUAUCAAAAACAGCACAUUUGGCUGGCGUGUCUCUCCCUGCUUAAGUUGUCACUGUUCAAGAGGCUUGCUGAACUGCAAGAAAACUUUGGAAGUGUACUUUCCAGGAUACUACCACGGCAUUUAUGUGAUCCAGGAAAAUUGCACACAACCUUCGUGCAAAGUUUCUCAGUUUCUACGAAACAAAAAGGACGAGUGUAAAGGUAUUUUUAAUUUCAUUUAAAGCAUUGAAAGAAAUCCCUGUUGCAAGGUCAUCUGCGCUUGCCUAAGAUUUUGCACUAAUUUCUUGAUGCAGUAAUAUGGGAGGCAUUACAGAAGAAUAAAAAACUUUCAGCAACGGCUUCCCCUCUCCUCAAGGACCAACAUUUCCAACUUUUAAGACGAGGAACCAAGAACAACAAAGUGGAUGUGGCUGUACUACCUCCAAAUCAUAGGGGUCAUCCACUAGAUUAGCCUUUUCUAUUUGGAUGAUCCCAACUCGCUCUCUAUUUUGUUGUUACAUUUUUCUUUUAUUCCUUAGUUAUCAAGUCAAGUCAAUUUUUAUUUAAACUCACACAGAAUAAUAAUUAAUACAAAUUAGUGCUUUAAAAUAUAAAAUCGAGAGAUUGUGAAGGAAAAGAAAUUUUCAAUUGUUGGUUCAUUGUGCAGAGUUUGGGAUACCUAAACAGUUCGUGGAACUAACCGAGUAGGUGACCCAAACAAGAAUAUGAGUAGAAGGAAUAUAGAUACAAAAUAGUUGUUUUGGAUCAUCUAAAUGGAAAAGGCUAAUCUAGUUAUGUUUAGUUGCCUAUGUCAAUUUAACCUUUAUGUCAUGUAAAACUGAGCUGAGUUUAUUUUAGUUUGUCCACAUGUUUAUGCAAUCAAAUAACUGUUUCGCUGUCCUUUCUUACUAUGGCUAAUUACGCUACGAUUAUGUACGUGCCCUUUUAAAAAGUGCGUGGCUAGCUUUGGCCAUACUUUGGCUCAUCGAACGAAGUCAGUUUGGUUAAGGUGAUUCCCUGGUUUUGCACUGCGCAUCUCUUACUGCGCAUAACAAGAUGGCCUCCGUAAAAAAGAGCAUGUGAAGUAACAUUAUUAAAAUGAAGUUGACCGAAGAGAAACGCUAUUGCAAUUUUUGCUUGCGGUUGUUUCUUGCCGAGGUGAGACUCAAUGUGGUUGGAAUGUGCAUAACGUAAGCAGUACGCGUGUUGCUGAGUUCGACUUCCUAAGGAGAACCUCGAUAGUGGAUGUUUAAUUUGCGCUUAUUCACUUUGAUUUUCAUUUAAACGCUUUCUUUAUCACAUUGUGCCCUAAAUGUGAUUUCUCGAUGUAAAUUCUGUAAAAACGGAUGUUUUAAUACUUUCUUCCCCCUUUCGCAUACAUUCUAUUUUGAAACUCGCCCCAGUCCUCUCUCAAAAAUCAAGUAAAAUGCAUUUGGUGCGCACUUUCUGCAGCUCUAGCGCAAAAACGAAUACGGUGACCCCCAUUUUUUAUUUCAUGAUUUUAAUAAGGACAGUGCUUCCUUUCAGUGAGAAAAAAAUUGGCACAAAUCUAUGUUCAGUUUUUCGGCAAUUUUACUAAAUUGUACGGAUUGAGCUAUCACGUGUCGAAUAGGGCGUGUCCAAUUUAAUUCUACUUUGGAGCGUAAAGUAAAAACAAGGGCAUUAAAAGGCAUUUUUCUGGUACGUAAGUGGAUAAACAAUACAUUGAAGUCAAAUUCUGUGCGAUACCACAUGCAUCAUUGAAAAAAUCUUUCCUUUUUGUCUAGUUUUGGGCUGCGGGUUGUUUUUGUCAAAGGGUCCAAAAUAGCCGUAUUUGUCAGCGUUGUGACGUCAAAACGAGCACGGUGACCCCCACUUUUUAUUACCUUUUUAUCAUCUUCUUGACUGGUUACGUCAGUGUGCCAAGUUUCAUCUACAAUCUAUGUUAGGUUCUUUUACUAGGGAAUCACCUUAAGAUGUUCUUAACAAAUUCUAUGUUGAAGCAGGACUAAACAACAUUGAUGACCUCUGGUUUUCAGCUGUGGAAAUUUUGCAAAACAACGGACUACUAUUUGCGGGACAAACUUGGAACUUCAGCGGCUGCACCUUCUAUUUUCCUGGACCGAACGAUGAAGUAGGAAGGAUCUGCCCGCCAAUGGUCAGACCAGUAUGUUAUGUAUACAAUGGAGCAGUUUGCUGUGCGUCAUAUUGUCCAGGUAGAUAUGUAAAACUGUUUGAAAAAACGUUGUCGCUUGAAAAGUAUAUAAACCACGAACGAUGGGACAUAUGGAUUUAUGGGUAGAACUUUAUUAGCAUUGCAAAUUUAAAGUUAUUUCCAGAAAAAUUUACAUUAUCGAAGCUUUUCGCGAUCUGAUGCAUUUCAAAAAAGGUCAAACGGUUUCCAUUUUUAUUGCCGAUAAGCUCACAACUUCACCUAUGCAGGGCACAUCUGGGAGCGGAUCUCUCGGUACAGUUAAAAAGCGUAGCUAUAUUACUAACAGUACAGUACAAUACAGUUAAAAUCCUCCAGACGGUAAACCUGUUACCAUAGUGUUGCACUGGCGACUUCUUGUACACGGUCGACCAGUGCAGCGAAACCACUUGAAAAUCUUCAUAUAUGACCUAAAAGCUUUCUUGGAAGACUUAAAAGACAACGGCAUGACAAAGUACUCUAGGGAUUUGCUUCCGUACCAGCAGCUCGUGAUAAUGUUAACUUUUGUUGAAAGAACUUUGAAUUUGUCUUGCUUUUAAAUGAACGUAUACCAAUAAAUCCUUGAAGCCUCAUAGUUCACGGUUUAUUCUUUACAAGUGACAACGUUUUUUCAAUCAGGUAUAAAGGUUUUGCAAUUUUCUUUCGAAAGCCAACAGGACUGGUUUGCAUAAGACAUCUUCAGAUUACAGGAAUGCGUAAGCAUUGUUUUAAAAUAAGCUUUUUUUUUUUCCAGUACAAUACCUAAGAGUUUUCUUAUCUUGAGAAAGUUUUAUGCAACCGGGCAACGUUAGUUCAGAGAAUGCUGCGAGGUGAUUAUAAUGGUCAUAACAUCGGCACAACGUGUGUUGAGAGAAUGUGGUGAGAUGAAGAUGAGUUAAAAUAUAAAUAUAUGCCAUCCUUUCUAUAUAUGAAUAUGCCCGCUAUUUUUUUUCCACGAAUGCAACUCCAAUUGGCUGAGAGGAGCUGGCUAAAUAGCUCCCUUGUGUUCCUCAACUUUACCUGCAAUAAUUGGGCUCAACUCUCAAUAUUUUCCAGUCUCUGUUUUACUAUAACUUGAAACCCAUGAGCGAUUGGUUCUGGGCCCAGUUGUUCGAAAGAUACACAGCGCUAUCUAUUGGAUAAAUCUCUAUCCAGUGGAUGGCGCAAUUGGUUUUCCUAUACUUAUCCGCUGGAUAGCGAUUUAUCCAGUAGAUAGCGUUAUCCAGCGUUUGAACAACCAGGCAUUCAGAACUCUUAUUGAUCUUGUCACGUAUAGUGAGCAAAUUUACUCAAUUACACACGGAGGGAAUCGAAUUACAAUGUUGGACGUCUGUGCUUAUCGAUUCAACAAGAUACGAGAGUUCUGUUUUAUUAUGUUAGUUUGAUCGAUGGCGCAACACAUAUGUCCCCAUCAACUCUCCGACAAAAUUAAUUAAGUACUGACAAGUUUUAUUUGUUUAGCAUUGGAGGAAGUUUCAAAGCAAAUGAGAGGAAAUCUGUCAAUUUGCCCAAAUAGCCAUCAGCUGGUAUCCUCAGAUAUCGACAAUGAAUGUAAACUCACCUAUUGCUUUCGUAAUUAUUCCAUGAUAAGCUGCAAAACAGGUACCAAAUGUAUGUAAAACGCCAAAUAAUAGUGUAAACUCGCCUUAAUAUUAGGAAUACAUUUUGUAGGCUGUCAUGAAGCGGGCUUAAACUAAAGUCACUAAACACCAGAUAGAGAACAACCUCUUUUAUCCAAGGAAAAGCAUAGUCGGCAUAGAGACGUGGUUCAAGAUCUCUCACUCUUUUAUUUAUAAAGACUAAAUAAUAAUAACAGUGUAAAAAAUGGUGUUUGUAAUCAGAAUCGACCAGCCGGACCGCAACACUUUAGUUGUAAAUAAUGGAAAUAUGACUGAGUGGAGUUCAAUCUGGUCUGUAGACCGCGAGUGAUUAACAAAACAUGCGGUCGUAGGAUUUGUUUAAUGACGAAAAUGGUUACAGACCGAAUUGGAAGACAUGAAGUUCUGUCACUAAUUAAUAGUAACUAUAACAAAAAAUAUUAGAGAAUUUUUACAAGCAGCGAAAAAACAAAACCAUUCAAGCGCCCGCGCGAUUGCGCGUACUGUCUAAUUAUUUAGGCCAGAAACUCAUAAGCGGUUUAAACGUGUAACUCGGGUGCUGGUAAAUAUUCACUUUAACCAUAUUUGGAAACAAAAUGGCUGCCGCACGAUCACCAUGCAGAUGUUUUAAGACAAGAGUUCUGCAUUUAAAGGUUAAAAAUACACCGUUAAAAGACAAAAAAUGGAAAGAGAAAGUGCAAAAUAAUGCUCAGCUUUCUUUUUGUGGAGGAAGGGAAGCUUUUCAUCAAGAAAUCGUCCUUCGAGGAAUUCAACCUUGUUUUCUUCAAGACGGAGCCCAUGGUCUAUUUUGAAAUGCAACCAAGACAGUGAAGUUUUUGCUAAACUUUUCAGGUACAUUUUGUACUCUAUGGCCAAGAAAAUUACGUUUUUGAAAGGGAAUUUAUGUAUUUUUAAAUGUUUCAUAGAGGUUUUAUGAGUUUUUCUCUUCGGCGCUAAAGAAAAAUUACAAAAUGAGCCCCGAUUUGAGAUAGAUUUGUGUUGAAUUUUGCCAUGCGCUUAGCCUAUUUCACUUGCGUGAACGGAUCCACGAUCCAGAUAGUGUUUUCCGAAUUGCUUUAAAGUAUUACCUUUUUGGAAUUUGAAUAAAAAUUUUCAAGAAACGGCUUCUCUGUCUAUUGUUUUGAGUUUUUUCAUUCAUACAACUAGCUUAAAACACUAUCGUGACUACAACAUCCAAGCUGAAUUUAAACCUAAAUGCUUCUCACAUGCAUUACUCGCAUUUGUGAAGAUGUCAGGUUUAGGUUUUGGACACUUUUCCACACGCAGCUAAUGAAUUUUAUUCGAAAAUAUUUUUCCUGUUUAUUCUAGACUUUUAAUAUAAGAAUUUUGAAAGCCUGUAUUUGCUGUAUAAGUGAAAUUACUGUGCAGAGGGUCAACGAGGCAUCGCUUUUUGAAGUGAAAACUUCAAGAAGUUGGGAGGACGUUAAUGGGUUUCAUAAUGUUACGUUUGGACCGGGUGGUAAGGCAAUAAUAUCCUGCUCAGUGUUUCGGUAAGAUUCCUGGUUUUAACCUUUGAAAGCUUUCUCGCCUUCGGGAGUUUUUCCCCCGUUUGUCGGCCUUCUUUUAAAGCGGGCGCGGGAACCCGAAGUAAAAUUACGCCACGUUGUUUACGAAGUUUGAUUGGUCAGUUGUCUCUUCUUCUCGUUCCAAAUAUGGUACUUUCGAAAAUGAAUAGUCACGAGCAUCGGACAAAGCAAACAUACGAGAGUUACAUGUUUCAACCCCUUAUGAGUUUCUGUUAGGCAUGACGCUUGCUGUUUCUUUUACACUGUUUUUUUUUUUUAAACUGUCCCAUCAGUGUUGACAGGGACAGCUGGUAGUCAAUCAGAUUUGAGAAUUUUAUAUUUUGCACAUGCCAUUUUUGAAACAAUCUUAUCAACAUCGUUUACUGGUUUGUGGUUUUGUGGCUUGCUCGCAUGUCCUGGUCAUUCUUUUGACUGAUCACAACACAAUAAACAUUCGUGAAUUAAUUUAUGUGUUCAGAAAUCAUUUGUUCACUUGUUUUUUUUUUUACGGGUCCUGUUUAAGCCAUAGCAUGUCAAGAUGAAGAGCUGAACAAGUAUUUUGAAGGAGCCACCUGGUCUGUUGGUACUUGUAUUCAAUGUUCCUGUCAAAGUGGCCUUAUCAAAUGCACAAGAACAAUAUCAGUAUCAUCGUCAAAGAAUUUUGAAGGAAGAAUAACCGAGCACUGUAGCCAGACAGAGUGUAAUGUUGCGCGUUAUGUGCAUGAAAACAAAGACAAAUGCAGAGGUAUAGCUACCCUCUAAAAAAAAUUAACUAUGAUAAGGAAAAUGAGUAUGAAGGGCGAUGUCGAUGUUGUUGUUGAUGAUGAUGAUAACAAUAAAAAUGAAAAUAAUAAUGAUAUUAAUGAUAAUGAUGAUUAUGAUAUAAUGGCGAUGAUGAUGAUGAUGAUGAUGGUGAUGGUGAUACUGAUGCUGAUGCUGAUAGUGAUGAUGGUGAUGAUUAUGAUGACGAUGACCAAGAUGAUCAUGAUGAUCAUGAUAAAUUUUUUAAACGGGACUCUAAAAUGGUGGGCUCUUAAGCAAUACAAGACCAUGUAAGCGGCAUUUUACAUCUUUUCAAGAAUAGGAACCAAAAAUCCCUACCAGUCUAACCAUCAACCAGAAACGAAAAUUCUUACCACAAACGACACCUGCAGUAAUCAAAUGUCACAAAGGAUGCCCUUUUCUAGGUCCACUGAGUCUCAUACCCUAUCAUAAACUGCCGAAUUCAAGAAAAUCCAGCCCCUCUCCCACCCGAGGGAGUACUGAAAUGAGUUGCCCCGUUUUUUGGGUACUCAUAGCUAAAUUUGUUGUUUAAGUUCAUCUUUCAUUUUCUAUUCGCAGUAAAAGUGAAGGUUGAUGGGAGAAAGCCGAGUGAUAAUUGAACUUGUCUUGCCACAAGAUCACGGGCCAUUUUCAGUUUUGCAUGCCGGAGUUAGUUAAGCAGUGAUCGAUUAAUAGCGGUGGCUGGAAUAAUUGUUUGUAAAUAAACACAUCUUUUUAUAGCUUGUAGAUGGAAUGGUAAAGUCUUUUAUGGUGACGAUCAUUGGAAAGAUGACGGUGUACACUUUUAUUGUCUUCAAAACGACAGUCAUGAGAUGACUAGGCCUGGCUGCUAUCUAGCGAAAAGAAAAGCUGCGGUUUGCACAGGAGCUAUAAGAGGUUAGGAAAAAGCCUUAGCGUAAGGCAUUUUAUUUAUCCAUGUGUGAAAAUUGUUACAUUUACGCUGUGCUGUCCGAAGCCGACUAAGAAAAAAAGGCAAGUCAUCGAAGUUCAAGGAAGCCACGAGACUUAUAUUACCCAGCAACUGGCUUAAUUAUGUUGCAAAAAUUACAUGGAGCGACAAACGCGAGACAGCUAAUAUAACCUUCAGUGACGUUAAAUGUCUCAAGUCCGUUUUGAUGAUGUUUCAUAUCGUUGAUUUUUCAGGUUUAAAUAAACUCCAUUUAAUAACCAAAGGCGAGUUAUUCUUGUGUGAUAGCGGUGACGAGAUACUAUGGGGCGAGGAACGAUGUGAUCUAAGGAACGACUGCUAUGAUUUAUCUGAUGAGAAAAACUGUUCUAACCGUAAGUUACGACUGUAAAAUCCAUUAAAGCAAGAACUUGAUAACACUGCAUGGUUAGCAAAAGAGGUUCGCUUAGACAAAAAAUCUGUUACAACAAAAAUUAUCCUUCUGGAUCUAAGGGAAUUACGACCGAGGUAAUUUUAACCCUUUAAUUUUAUCGUUGGGGCCCUAUCUUCUCUCUUCAACAACUUGAAAAUAACAAUUCAUGGUUAUACAUAGCAAAAAAGGUGUACCGAAGAUUUGUUUUACCAGAUGCUCAGACGUCACUGUUCCGAAAGACAGCCAUCUUGGAUUUUGGUGAAAAAUAUCAUACACUGUAGGUUCAUCAAUAUAUGGUAGCAGGUCCGCUUUUUCCUUAUUUUGCAAUUGAUAAAUCUUUUUUCCGCAGUUUAAAUAUGUGAAAUUUCAUUUCUGCCGUAGGCAAGUGGUUUGCCCCCUUAUAGAAUGCUAUUAAUUCCAUCAGACAGGGUCGGCCAGGGAUGGGGUUGGUGAAUACCAAAAUACCGAAAUAAACUUUCCAAUAUACCAAAAAAUAAAUUAAAACUCGUGUAAAAUACCAAAAUUAAGAAAACAACAUUACACUUUACACCCAAAAUUAGUGGUGAGCGAAAAAUUGUAUUGCGUGACUAGCGUGACUUUCUAGAAGGUUCGCGAGAGUUCAUAGUUUGUUUAUUUUAGGAUCUUGUGUAAGCGUUUCUAAAGCGGUAUAUUUUGUAAUCUUUCUAUAAUUAGACUAUUUGGAAAGUUCUAGAAACUUAUUGUAAUAGUAUAUAAGUAGGCGAGUCCGAGUUUUUCACAAGCGAAGAGAAUUCGACGUUAGUCGUGUUUAGUCAAGUGUGACGGAAGCGGUGUUUAUUCAAGUUGGCGGAGACCGCGUAAGUUUAUCAAGUUAAUUGAAGUUGGCGGAGGCCGUGUAAGUCUAACGAGUUACGUGCUGUUGUGGAGUUUUACUUCGUGGAAACUACGUUCAUUUUUGAAAUAAAUCUUCUUGUUGCUGUUCCGACAACCCUGCGUUCAGUUUGGUUUGCAAGCUACCAGUCCUCUAAGAGAUUACCCGCGUAACAUUGGGGGCCUGUCCGGGAGAGGAAUUCAAUUGUUUGCCGACUACAGUAACCAGGAAAGGACAGUUCAAGAAAAAGGAGUAUACAGAGAAGUAGGAAGAACUGCUACGAGGAAGUAUAUCAAGUGUGAUUGCUGUGAACUACUGCUGUGGAAAUGGAAAAGCUUUUGCAGAUAGGGAAAGAAUUCGGAUUGGAGGGAGAAAAACUGGUCUAGUUUGUGCGGGAGCAACAAAAUUUAGAAGAAGAAAGAAGGAGAGAAGAAGAGGAAAAAGAAGAAAAACGUAGACAAUUGGAAGAGGAAAAAGAAGAAAAGCGUAGACUGUUAGAAGAACAAAAAGAGGAGAAACCUCGAAUGCUUGAGGAAGAUAGAAGAAGAGAAGACGAAGAAAGAGAAACUAGGCGGCAAGAACGCGAACUGAGAAAAUUAGAGCUGGAAGCAGACCUGUUGAAACAGAGAGAGGCUAUCGAAGCCGCUCAGAGAGAGCAAGAACUAGAGCUUGCUCGUCUAGGACAAGCCCGUAACGUCGCCGAACGUGCUGAAUUGGGAGAGGAUAGGCACCCAAGCUUCCCUCAUUUGUUGAUGGCAAGGACGACUUGGAUGCUUACCCACAGCGAUUUGAGAGAUUUGCAACUACAGCUAAAUGGGAGAAAACAGGACGGGCUUCGAAACUUAGAGCUCUUUUGUCUGGACGUGCUCUAGAGGUUUAUUCGCGAUUAUCUGAGGAAGCAGCCCAAGAUUAUGACCGAGUGAAGUUAGCUUUGAUGAAGAGAUACGACCUUACAGAGGAUGGCUAUCGUCGUAAAUUUAGAGCAACAAAGCUGGAAGUCGACGAGAGUCCGGAACAGUUUUUAGUGAGACUGGAUAUACCUGAUUGAAAGAACGUUGUCGCUGAAAAGUAUAAACCAUGAACGAUGAGGUUUCAAGGAUUUAUGGGCAUACGUUCAUUAGCAAAGCAAAUUCAAAGUUUUUUCGACAAAAGUUCUCUGACUUCGUCACAAGAUGCUCGUUCGGAUGCAAAUCCGUAGAGUCAGAGUGCUUUGUUUGUUAAAAGAGUUAGCUAUUCACCUUCGUGAAAGAGCUCCGGAAACGCUUGUUCAGAUAGCGAGGAUUGCCGAUCAAUACUUGGAAGCACAGGGAAAGCGUCUGUUCAGCUCUCCGAGCAAGACUGCUACAAGUACGGCCCAAGGUGGACAAAACGAAGAAUCAGCAGAAUGAUUCAACGACAGUAGUGUGUUUCAAGUGUAACACUCGUGGCCACAAGGCUGUUAACUGCCCAUCUCUGGUUAAGAAAUGUUUCCUAUGUGGCAAGCAAGGUCAUGAAGCGAGGAACUGUCGAUCAGGUAAACAGAAGUCAGGAGGACAAAAUAGGUAUGGUUACCCUGUGCAGCGUGGGCAAGUGAGUGCCGCUUGUUUAGUUCAGCCACCCGAGGUCAAACCCACAGAAGAAGAAGUUAGAGCCUGUAUUAAGGAUGAUAAACUGUUGUUAACCACUGGUAAGAAGAUUCCAAUAGUAAGCAAUGCCUGCCUUGAACCUUUGUCUGGCGAUCGGUUGAAAAUGCCUGUUGUAAAAGGAAGAGUGGGAGUGAAGACUGUGGAUGUCUUGAGAGACACCGGCUGUAGUGGAAUAGUGGUUAAGAAGAAUCUUGUGUCUGAGGACCAGUUUACCGGUGAUUUUAACGUUAUGCUGCUAAUUGACAACACAGCGAGGAAGGUAACUAUUGCAAGAAUUACUGUGGAUACUCCUUAUCUCAAGGGGCAAGUGGAAGCGCAGUGUCUCCCAGAUGCCAUUUACGACCUGAUAAUAGGUAACGUUCCUGGAGCUAGACCUGCAGAUGAACCAGACCUAACUUGGCAAGAAGCAUCAGCUGUAACCUCGAGAAGUCAAGCCAAGAAAGAUGGUGAAGUUAGCCCUUUAAAAGUACCAAGUUACCAAGAGAGCCCCAUCGCAGAUAAACAGAAACUUAAACAGAUGCAGAGUGAAGAUGAGAGCUUACAGAAGUACUGGGACCGAGGUGAUGUACUAGUGAAGGGUCAAGCUGAGAUUUCUUUUGAGGUAAAGAGUGGGAUAUUGUACCGAAUCUACAAACACCCUUUUGUGAAUGGUGGUAAGCCUGUGAAGCAAGUGAUGGUUCCUGCGCAGUUAAGACCUCGAAUAAUGGAAGUGGCUCAUGGAUCUAUAAUGGGAGGUCAUUUAGGUAUUAAGAGCGACGGUCAGGAAAUAUCGACCAUUGAGGGGCAAGAGUUGAAAAAUCGAUUUCCUUCAUUUUUUGCCCAUAAAUAGCUUUUAGGUAGAUAAGUAAUCUGAUGUAAGUUGUUCUCGCAAAAAGGCUUUUAUUUUUCGAGAAAAGUAAGAAUAUCAGUUUUCGUGGUCGGAGUCUCAAAAUGGCAGUAUUUUCAACCCGAAGUUUGCUCACAUCAACUCUCCUUGCGUUCGCCAAUAAAGCCGCAAGGAGAAAUUUGGACACUUUCCAUCAAUAGAACAACUCUUCUUCUUUCACUAGAAGAUACUUCCAAAGCAGUACCAAGACUCGUUGAACUGACAUAAUUCAAAAACGAAGAACAGGUUUUUACGGUGACAAAAACUAUAAUUGAGUACUUGUUUUCUGCGGUAUUAUUCUUCAUGUGGUAUAGCUCCAAAUUUUCCCAGUCCUCGUUUAUUCACACAUUUAGACAUUUAUCUAAAACAUACCUGAGAAUUGGCUUGGGUUCCUGAAGGCAGCCUCCAAACGAAAGUAUCGAAGUCCGGUAAACAUAGUGAAGGGUGAGCAAAGUAACUUGUGUAACGCGCGGCUCCAAGUUUCCUCGAUCGUAAAGUCCUAAGACGAAAUAUCUUCCUGUUCCGUCAUCCUUAACGAAUUACCAUUUUUCACUCCUUAUUUUUCGAUAAAAAGUGAGUACCAGAAUACUAGCGCCUUUGAUUUUUUUUUCUUCAAAAUACUGUCGGUAUUGAUAUGUUCCUCUCUCAAGAAUUGCGUUGCGUUACUACCGUGACUCCGUGACUGUCAUUUUGACGGCUUCGUGUCUUCAAACGUACGUUAUGUCACGUGCAGUCACGGAACAGAUUGUCACGCAGUGUUGCCGGCUGGUACAGUUCACUGUUUGAAAUUGGCUAACAUUGACCCAGUUUCACCUCUUUACCCCACUCUUUGAUUGAAAAAAGCAACUUUGCAAUGGGAAAACCUACAAAAAGUACGAAAAACGAGCCUUUAGGCUGUAAAUAUCUACUUUUGUGCGUUUCGAACUUGGAAGUGUUUACACAAUUACCGCCGGCCUACCUUGAAAAUUCCUGAACUUCGAUGGUGUCUUAACAGAGAUUUCCUUCCAUAACCCAAGCCAAUUCCCAGGUAUGUUUUAAAUGAAUGUCUAAUUGUGUGAUUUAAAUGGCAUUAAGAGAAUUUGGAGUUAUACCACAUGUUAAAUAUUGUCGUCGCAAAUGGGUAACGAACUUAAGUUUUUGUUAUCAAGAAAACCUAUCUCUCGUUUUUGAAUUAUUUCAGUACGACGAGCUUCGCUAUUGCCCUGAAAGUAUCUUCUAGUGGAAGGAAGAUAAUUUUUCUGAGCAUGGAAAGCGUCCAAAUUUCUCCAUGCCGAUUCGUUUGCGAACACGAGGAAACUUGAUGUUAGCGAAUAUCAGGUUAAAAAUAAGGGCAGUCUGAGACUCCGACACCGAAAACCGAUUUUCUAAUUUUUCUCACAAAUAAUAGGCUUCUGGCAGGAACAGUCUACAUUAGGUUUCUUCUCUACCUAAAAGCUGUCUAUGAACAAAAAAUGAAUGACAUUUAUUUUCAACUCUUGCCGCGAAAUUAAGAUUUUGGUCGAUUUUUCCUAACCGUCGCUCUUAAGAAGACGACUGACAAGAUUGAGAGUGCAUUUUCUGCAAAUCAUGUGACGUCUGUCAGAAGACCGUAAACAAGGGAUCAGUUCCAAAAGGUGCCACUACAGAAGAUGCCUUUGAUUGAUAAACCAUUUAAAAGAGUAGUCAUUGACCUUGUCGGACCUAUCAGUCCACCAAGUGAAGAAGGGCACAGGUACAUCAUGACACUUGUUGAUUUUGCGACUCGCUACCCUGAAGCCGUUCCUUUGAAGACUAGUGAGCUUACGCAACAGGACGGGAGAGGAAAGACGGCGGAAAACCUUGUGUGACAAGCGUGACAAUAAUUUUCAUUGAAGAAACCGUUGCAGAGGCGUUAGUAGAUAUCUUCAGUCGAUUGGGAGUUCCUGAAGAGAUUUUAAGUGACCUUGAAACACAGUUCGUCUCUGAUUGUCCUACCACCCUAUGUGGAAUGGUAUAACUGAGAAGUUCAACGAAAGAAUGAGGCUUAUGUUAAAGAGAUUGUUUAGUGAACAACCAAGAAGGGUUUUUAAGCAGGAAUUUCAGAAAUCGUUUUACAACGUACAAAACAUGUUUUGUCAAGAGGGAUCUAAAUACUAAACAUCGAACCUGAAAAAAGAGACAAUAAAAAAGAUGACGAAGGUAGCAACUAUCUUUCUGCUCUACAUCUGAAGUAUUCAACACCCGCUGAAGUACUUCCUUGUAUCAAUAUUUUACAUUCUUAGAGUAGAAGACAAUUAUAAUUUAUGCUUUCUUGCACUCACAGGGGAGUACUUUUCUUCAGGAGCCGGCUUAGGUAGAAGCCGCAAAAACGGCGCGACGUCAGAGGUAUAUGCAUACUUCUCAUCGUGUCAAUGAGGGGAGCAGAAAAGUGGCACUUCAUACUGCGGCUUGAUAAUUGCUUUUGCAAUCUCGUAAAGAUGACUCGCAUGGGAAAAGAUUCUCUAGCUUGACUUUCCUGCCAGUCUCCCGUGGUGGAUCUCAUAUUCAGCACAUCCACACUAUGACACUUCUAUUAGUAUAGUUGCCACACUGCACGAGUGCUUCCGUAUCUUUCGUUUAAAGGUCUCGGAUACUCAUCAUAGCUCGGACGUAUCCUUCAUUGUGUUAGGUUACUGGGACUGCUUUCCACUUCCCUUUACCAAAGAAGGCAGAGAUGUCAUCACAGCCUGUGAUUGACGAGAGUUUACGCUGGUAAGGGCCCUUAUGUUUCAAGGGAUGAAAAUACCUGGGCCGAGUUGCAUAGAGAUUUUCUUAAUAUUCGGGUUUUCAUGCCUCUUCCCUUUUUUUGGUAGUAGCACUUUUCAAAGUCAAGGUUUAGCUAUGAGUAGGCACUAGGACAAAGACAUCUGUGUAAUCAGGGUGCAUCAAGGACGCGAUUCCCGGGCGCGUGCCAAGCCAGUGAAGAACCAUAAGCGUUUCAGCCUUUCCGUGACUGAACUAAACCUUUGGAACAGGAUCUCGCUGUGUGGCUGCCUCUAGUCGCUAGCGCUGAUCAUCGGUUGUCACACAUACAUGAUCCGAUUGACGAGUCUGCUUCUAAAGAUGAUUUUGUCUUGCACUGUAACAAGAGGAAUUUGACGAUUUCAGCCGCUUAUUUUUGAUGACACUGAGAAUACAGCUUGUUCCGCCAUGACUUCACCGUACAGACAAGGUGUUAAUUCUUACAUUGUACACUUUCAUAGCCUGUUCCAGGCGUUCAAAACAAUAAUAGAGUUAGACAUUAUGUACAGUCUUUUGAAAAUUUUUUAUCAGCACAUCGCGAUACACGGCGAACACUACCUACGUGCACGCUGCUGGUGCUCCUGACCAUCUCAAACUCUCUCAGCGACCUCAAGGAACGUAGCUCAAGAGGAGAACUUAAACGUCUGGAAGACCGGUGCCACCUCUUUGAUCGGAAUUGCUGGUUACGAUCUCUGGGUACUUCGAGGUGGCCAUGAUGCAUCGCUUACGCUGUUGGGAGAGUCUGGCUUUGUUUGGCUUUCACGUGAGUCCCUUAAGAUCUGUAAAAGACCAAGGAACAGCUUGAAUAGCUCGAGGACCCUAAAAGUUGUUUUCAAUGUGAAAGCAGCUUUAAUGUCAAUAUGAUAAGACUGUCCGAGAAGUGCAGUGCCAUCCGAGCUAAAAAAUCGUGAUCCAUACUAAAAGGAAGCCGGGACUAGAUCCUUGUUGCUAACCUAACGCACAGCCUUCAGCGUAGCUUUCUUCACUGGGUAAAAGCAAUCUUGAGUGCGACUGGAUGAGCAAUGGCCCGUUACAAAGUCAAUCGAUGGCUUCCGUUUCACUUGCUCGUGGCCUGCAGUCAGUCAUCAUCUACUUCUGUGUAGGUGCGUUAAGCAACUCCGGAGUUGCAAAUCUCAGUCUCUUCCAGUUUUCCAUGCAGUGGUGAACUCGGUUCGGCAGUUGCAUCGAUUUUUGAUGUGAUGUGCAGGGAAUUCACAUUUAGCUGAAACUGAUUCUGGGCCACGAAAGCACGACAUGAGGUUAUCCAGCAAUAAAUAUUUCUGCAUUAGGAUAGCGUUGAAUUGGAACAACCACAUAUAAUGCAUUCGUCCGCCAUCAUGGUGUAGAGAGAGACUUUCGCACCCGGAGCGAAAACUCUGACUAUUGCCUUGAGACCAUGUGUUUUGUUAUUUUCGAGGGGACUCUAUUCAACACACUAGCAAUAUAUACAUUAAUUUUGUCUACUUACUCUCUUUUCUGAAACAAUUAUGUAAACCUCCCAUUUUUUUUUCAGUGAUAGUAUAAAGUGCAAACUGUCGGUCUUAUUGUGACUAGUAUUGACAGGCGAUGUGUAUCCAAACGUGAAGUCAGGUAGAUAUAAUUUAAGCACUAGAAUAAACGAAAGUCAUGUUUUUAAUUCCAAUAUGUUUUAUAUUUAAGUUUAAAACACGAUUUGUUAACGUUAAAAGAAUAUAAACAACUUUUGGUAGCCUUCCGCGAAAUCCAAGAUGGCGACCCAAAGGAGAUUAUGAGGGGCAAAUUUAAAUUUCGAUUUUCAAAGUGAAAGUUACCGUUUUAUCCUUGCUAUCAUUCAUUUUUGCGUUGCCCAAUAAUCAAAGAUUAAGAUGUGACAUGUUUCGGCUGUUCCCCUCGAGUGAGGGAUAAACCCAAAUUUUUGGCCCUCAGCUGAUGGGCAGUUUCAUAUUUCACGAAAAAUUCUCAUACUCUGAGUAGUGUAGUACAGAGACUGAGAUCAAACUUAAUUCUAAAACCGUCAUCCAUAAAGGUGAUUAUAGUCGAUUGUAAGAGCUGGUCAUUUACGAAAGGUUUCAAGAGUAUUAAUUUUAGGAAUCGCGCUUAUCUGAGGUGGUCACUGACGUAGGUCGCACAUGGAGGUUCGACUUUACUUUUAUCUUGCAGUAGGGUUUAACGUUUAACAGCUUUUCAGGAUUGUCUUUUACGGAAAAUUCUGAGUUGUUUUCUGUCGUGCACUCCUGCCAAUGAUUGACGCUAACUGUCAAGAAGGGUCUGUUCUAGUGCCGUGAUGGUGCAAAGCAACCCGUACGAGGAGUUUGGAAGUAUUGCCAAUGCAGGAAACUUGAUGGUAACGCCUUUUAAGUUUAGAUAACUGCAGUUAGUAGCUGGCUUUAGGGUUCGUAAAACAGUUGAAACAUCUACAGUCUUCCAAGUUCCCUUUUACACACUACAAAACCCAAGCUGAAAUCCAGCGUAGUUGGCGUUGCUGUAUUCCCUGCUCGAGAGUCAGGGGCUGCAAACGUUAAGUCCGGGUAGGCCUUAUGAAAGAGAGAGUUCCUGAUUUUAGGUCUGAGCGUUGGAUCCCUUCACCUGGUGAACACGCACUGCUUGCUCAUGAAGAAGCUCCUGUGUAAAUACGCUUGAAUCAGGGCUAGUGUCAUCAAGACCACCGGCAUCAUCUGUUGUCCAUUGAGUGCACUUAACAGCCUCCGCAGAUUCUCCAGGAACGUCUUGAGUAUAAUGCAAGCGUACGUUGUUAUCAUCUUCAAUCUACCAUUAUUGGUGUCUGUCAUAAUAAGUGUGUUGGUCGAACCCUGUUCACAGGAAACUACAGAUGGUUUCCGGAAACUAGAACUUGAUUUACUUAAGGCAUCGCACACAAAGGCACUCAAGGGAAAGUCUGGAAAGCUCCUCCAGAUUUUAACCGAGACUUAAUUUCCUAUUGGACGAUAUGAUCUUUCAGAGCUAGUAUACUCUACCAAAAUCCCAAAAAGCGUAAUACUUUAUAUGCAAUUUUAAGCAUAAAAAUACUGUAUACCUGAAAUUGAAUACCCCAAAAUACUGUAUACCCAAAGACCCUAGCCGGCCCUGAUCAGGUUCGGCCUUAUCGUUCCAGAUGAAGGGUCUGGAGAGACCUGCGUGUAGGGAAAAUCUUGCGACUAAAAAUCGCUCUUUUACACAUGCGUAUAUUUUACCCGUUACAGAUUUCUGUCAGUCCGAGAUAACUUUUGGCGUGCAUUGGCCUCGAACAAAGACCGGCGAGGAAGUAACAGUAGAAUGCUCAUUAGUUGACUCAAAUUUAACAGGUAUAAUAUCUACAUGUAUUAAUAGACCUUUGUCACUUUACCGCUGGCGCUAUACUUGUUGGUUUUUACUUUUCUCUUGCAUUGUCACCACCCAUUUUGUAGGAUGUAUCCAAAGCCAUAUUGCUUCUUUACACUGUACCAUUCUAUAAAUUUUAAUGUAGUUAUUCAUAUAAUCAUUGUCUGAUCUUUGUUUUGUCCAACGCGGCUGACAGUCAAACUUAAUUUCUAUUAUUUUUUCGGUUAUUAUAUAGAGCAAAGAGAUCAAAUUUUGCCGUAUGGUUCUUCACUUAUAGAUUAGCCUAAAAUGCGGUAAGAACAAAUAAGUGGGUAUCUAGCGAGCGAGGUGGUCCUCUUCACUGAUCCGUAACUAAACAGAAAAUAUUAGAAUGACAUAAAAUAGGAUAUACUUGUUGCAUGUAUGUACUAAAAACAUAAACUCACACAGGACACACGGAGUAUCCACAUUACAACUUGGUGACCGUAACGGUACAGUCGCUAAUCAUUUAGCACUAAAACGUCGUUAAUUUAUAGGUACAUUUAGUAGUAAGUGCGGAACUAAUAGGAGACCUGAGACAACUUGGUUUCACAAGAUCACGUGUGGUUGUGAACAGAAAGCCUUGGUGGAUUAUUUCAGACAAAAGGUAGGACAUUACUACAGUUGUUUUAGAUAAGAGAAUGGGUGUGUUGAAUUACAUUUAUAAGGACUGAGAAAUAUCAGUUCCUCACAAAUCAAAAACACCUGACGUCAAUUAAUUACACCAUCCUGCUAAUACACUGUAUAAGACUCUUCCAUGGGGACGUCUGGUUCUGACCCUUCUCGAAUUUGCAACAGAGGGCAUUAAAGGCUUGGUUUGUGAUUUUUGGCAUACUUGAUGACCGGGUUCUCCACCAAUCGUAUAGAGCCUUUUUGGGAAAGUUGUAAAUAAAGGACAAUUGGUUUGUGAUUUCCGGUGUACUUGGUGAUCUGGUUCUCUACCAGUCGUAUAAGGUCCAUUUUGGGAAAGUUGUAAUUAAUGGACAAUUGUCAGGCUGAAUUUUAGGUGUUAUAAAACUAGAGCUGACAUCAGUAAUGUUUCGGCAACUCAGUAUCUUAACUUAACAAAGCCAGGCAACCAGAUAACAUUCUAGGGAUAUUUUCUUGCUUCCCAUUUCGUACCUUAAAGGCAUUUUUUAUUCAGGACCGUAACCGGCAGACGGCAUGGACACGGCAGUUUAUCCGCGAUCGCCAUGCAAAAGCGAGGACAGCUACUCCGAGAAACUUGCCUUCAGUAAAUGUACAAGCCUUGUACGACUAUCUUGAGAGUUUUCUCAAGAAACUUUCUCAGAAAAAGAAAGAUCGUUUUUGUGGGUAUUGUUUUUGCAUUCAGGAAUGUUUUUUGUUUUACCUCUUGCUGGCUAUGGUAUUUCAGUGCAUCGCUGUAAGACACACUACCGUAGCUUUACGUUAACAGAACAGUAUUCUUAUUCAAAAGUAACAUGAAAUCUGCUUUAACGGAAAACUGAUUUCCGCGAUACAAUUCUUUGCUCAAUACCUGUCAAUUAUAGAACUGUAUGCGCUUAUUGCAAACGAAAUAAUAGUAGUGGAAUUCAUUAAGUUUUGCAAUUAUUCCACAGAAACAAGAAAAAACUUUCUCUUUAUUCGACUUCCAAGCUCACAACACAGCGUUGGUUAAUCGUUACAGGUCCAGCAAUGUGGGGUGACCUCUAAUCAACCUGUCAUAAUUGUUUCUUGCACUUUAAGAUUUCAACUUUUUGAUUAACAGCCGUUUAUUUCGUUAUGGCUAGUUGAUUGGCUGAGUCAUUUUAGAGAACGGGGACGUUUACUAUCGGCGCGUUUAAUUCACCGUGUCCCAGAGUAACGGUCAAUAACAUCAUUUGGUUACAAAUCUCGUUCAAUAUGAUAUAAUUAACCAAUGGGAUGUUAAAUUCACCUUAACACUGUAAUUCCGCCAGAUUUGGAGAUGUAGCGAUACAAUGAAAGCCUGAAUAAGGGAUUUCUAGGGCUUAUUCCAUUUAUUUUUCUUGCGGAAUACUGUUAAACAAACACGCCCGGCAUUGGCUUUGUUUCAAAAGCCAAGAAUAAUUAUGUUCUUUUGGGGCAAUCCUUUUUUUGUUACAGAUUCAGAGAAUUAAUACCACAAAUAUAGUGCAAAUAUCCACGGAAUUCGUGAAUUCAUAUGACAGAUUCACGAACAAAGACGUUUUAUUUGAGAUGAUAAAUGAUCUGUUCUCUUCUGUAAGACGAGUUAUUUCGCCAAUUACAAGACGUAAUUCGGAUAAGGCCGCACGACUUGGCAAGGUAAGAAAUAAGAGGAAACUUUAAGGGGCUGGAGCAUAAGGUAAUUAUCUAUACUUAUAGCGUCAGAGACAGAGAAGACAGCAACAAACAAACAUUGAGGGAAAAUUACUUGGAGAAUUAUUACAGCCAAAAACAGCAAUAACAACAACAAAAAAAAACAACAACUUUCAACAAAAGCCACUGUGGUGAAGCUGUCGUAUCUUGACCAAAUUUAUUUUUUAUCUGACGCAAUUUAUAGACAACUUACGCAAAGAAAAAUUGUUGGUCAUGAAUUUGUUUGAAUAGAAACAUUUGCUUUAAGAUCCCUUAUUAUUUAUCUUUUUGUUUUAUUCAAAACAAUUAAGCUAUCCUUGUCCAAGAAUCUACAUUUUGCCUUUAGAAAAAACAAGCGCCAAAAGAAUACCAGGAUAAAUUAAGCUAAUAGAUAUGAUCAAUCUAGGAAAACCUGAUGAUCCCGUAAUAAGUUAAAAAAUAAUAUUCUGAUGGCGAAUGAUCUCUCACAAUCACACCAUCCAAAGUUAAGAAGUUAGUCCUAUCCCAUAAGAUGGUCACCACCUACAUGGCACUUAUCUUGUCUUAUAUAUCCCUCACUGAUAUCAACCAACCGUCCCUUAAUUUUUGAAAAAUAUGUUUUAAAAGAUAUGAAGGACCAAAACUGGAGAAGAACAUGUAAGUGGCAUCCACCUCCCUGCCACAAUAUUUUAUUUGGAUUUUUUUUCUUUUCCUAGAAUGUGUUAAUUUCACGGGAAUUCUAGUCAAAGUUUGUUCCAAUUAUGAGCAACUACCCUAUUCUUUUACAUGAAAGGUUCCCCUGACAUGGAGACGUAAAUUUUAAGGAAGCUCGUAGACGAAAGGCCACAUGACCUUUAGGAUUUGAGGUGUAACUUUUUCUCAAUAAAAAUAGUGCAACUCGAAAAUAUUUAUGCCUCUUUCUCAACUUUCAUUUAAUAUGGCCAAAGGCAACAACAAAGAUAAAGCUCAUUAGUCAAUUAUGAAAAAAAGUUAAGACGUUGCUUUCACUUUUUAACUUAGUCUGAAUUCUUCAUGGCUCUUAUUUACUCUGCAGCAAAUCAUAAAUCUGUUGGGUGACAAUGUUGCCUUUUCUGGGCAUGACUAUGACCCGACCAAGUUUUGUCAGUUGCCUGAUUUGGUAAGGAAUCUUUGUUUUCAACAUGUUUUUUACCCUUGGGUUUAAUCUAAAUAAAAAAAAAUUACGCUUUUUUCACUUUUCAAGCUCUUCAGGGAUGUCUAAGUCAAAAGACUGUCUCUUGUUUUCCAGCUAAAAAUUAAAAUUUGUCGAAACAUCAGUCACAGUGCACUACAUUUAGGACUACAUUCACUCCAGAAUUCAACCAGUUUCAGGAUCAGGAUCAACCAGUUUCAGGAUCAAGCAAGAUAUAACCUUAUUAGCAGAGUUUUGGAAUUUCUCCGCACAGCUCCAACCAACACUCAAGCUUACACCAUGGGUUUAAGAGACAUAACAAGGUGAGUUUUAAAAACAAUACGCUGACGAGAGAUGUAGUGUAAUGUUGUGAGGAAAAUAGAUGAAUAAUAGCGGUGAUUAUCACAUUGAAGGCUAGCAGUUUUCAAAAUGGCAGCCAGAAAUUUUGAUGUUUUAGAGUUGGAAAUCGAUCAAUAAUUUCAUUUUCUCUAAUAAUCAUCAAUACAAUUAUACUAAAACAAUUAGUCGCCUCGAACGACGUGAAUAUCGGCGAAUAGUCACCUGGAAUUCGUCUCGGUGACUAUUCGCCGAUAUUCACGUCGCCUUCGGCGACUAAUUGUUAAAUAUUAUCGCAUCCAAGGAAUAUUCAAUACCCCUGCAUCUGCACGGCACACCUUAGCAGAAGCAAGACAGGUCGUCAGCCACUCUUUCAACACGCGCAAUAAAAUGGCAAUUAAAAAUAUCAGUAGAAAUGAAAACUUUAACAUUUUUGAAGCCGGAUAUUUUGCUACCCGGAUUAGUGUAGACAGGGUCCUAAAUCACUCUGGAGUUCGGUUUAAAAAUUUGCGGUUUCGGUGAGCGGAUUCACCGUUUUCGUUUGGACGAAAGGUCGAUUCAUGUAAACACAAGUACAGCUGUACAGUAUGUGAUUUCAAAAAUGUCCGAAUUCGUGUGGACAUAGCCAAAAUCAAACAAUUGCCUUGUUCAAGAUCUUUAGAAUAACUUGUCAGAAAUCGUCAAUUGGUGGUUGUCACACCGUAAGAGCGUAGUCGGAGAAUUGAUACCACCUCUUAAUGUCCAGUUGGCGUCAUGACAUGACAAUUAAUAUAAAGAUUUAGCCAGGGCUAAAAGCGAAGCUCUCGACGAUUUUGUAGUUUGUUCAAACAAAACAUAAAAUCGUGUAAUGCUAAACGGCGAAGGCAACGCCGGAGAACGGUGAAAAAACAACAAUAGGUCUAAUUAGCAAAAAAGCAACUUUGCACGUGCAGCACACUUUUUUUGUACAUUUCUUUGCCGUUGUUUUGCACGACUGCAACGUGAGACUUCCAGGAACGUUUUUAUGGCGGAAGUGUCGUACGUGUUCUCGUUCACUUUUUUUUCACUGCCCCUCAUUUUCACCUUGCAUUGUUGGCCGCUAGCAUUUCUCAUUUUAUCACCGCCGCUACAAAAUUUUCGUGUUGUUCUUGCAACAAAAAAAUGUUUCUACUUUGUUUUUUAUCUCUCGCUAUAGAUCUCUCUCGCCCUUUUUCUCGUAGAGUUUCGCUGGCCUGCCGUCUACUUCCUAUUUUUCUCUCUCUUUCUAUUGCUCUAUAUUCCAAAUUUGUGGACAUGAUAAUUAAUCUAAGCUUAAUACUUUAGAAAACACGGAUAAAGAAACAAUUUUCGCUGUCCGAUUUGGUCUUUAUUUGCUCUUUAGCUGCCUCUGCCGUGGGUGGUUAUGCGAUUUCCCGCCAAAAUAACCUCCAGUUGCAUUUGGGCUACCAUACCUGUUGAUUGGGUUAUUUAACAUUGGUAUGCCUGUGGUGCGGACGGACGAUCGGGCGUACUGUCACGUGAUUACCAAAUUUUCUCGGAUGGGUAGAUUACCACAUUUUCUUACCCAUAGUACUCCGCUGCGCGCUUUGCGUGCGAGAGCUCCGCUUUAAAUGGUCAACUGAAUACUCUAUUAUUUUAGUAAAUUUUCUGGGUCAGUAGAGAGGUAAAUAAGUAUAAACAAAAAAAAAAAAGAAAAACAAAUUAACAGAAAACAAACAAAACAAAAAAGAAAGAAAAAAGCACCACUGUCAUUUUCAUAUCGGUGGUCCACUGUGCGCAAUCGAAUAGAAAAUAACUCACUCCUCACUCGUGGAUUUUGAAACAGUUAUCAUUUUACGUCUCUUAUCUGCAAGAAUGAGCAUGGGGCAAAAACAUGUUAAUACUACGCCUGGACUCUUAAGUUAAUGAACCAUUAUACACUCAGUAAUUAGUUAGCAUGCACAUCGGUUUGAUUCAAAAGUCUUUGUGACGUGAUGCGGAAAAACUGAAGCUAUCGACAUUCUUUUUAUACUAAUCCUACGUUUUUUGUUGUAUUUUCCGAUACAGCUUUGAUUGGCCUUUGGGAAAUUUUGAAGAGAAAAACGUUCCCUCCAAAGUACUCAUUCAAAGAACAGAGCUCAUUAUGCAGUUAAAUAGUAAGGCUAUUAAAGGUCCUUCUGCAAGGCCUUUAAACUCGACGCCAACUGUCUUCAACUUUUCGACUGAGAUCUCUCAAAAGUACAACACUGCAAGUAAGGAGGUAAUGCUGAAUAAUCAGAAAGACUUUAAAGGUUGGAAGUACUCAGUACUGCAUCAUUUCUAAUAUAUAGAUUUAGGGCCUGUUUACAUAGAGGUGGGGAACCUCGGGUAGGAGAGGUAACCCGCUUAGGUGGGGUAGCCCUCCUGUCCAUAUAAUCUCUCAUUUUAAUUUGAUCACGUUUACAUGGUUUGGUGACCCACCGAAGUGGGUAGCCCGGUCUGCCAGACCGGGUUAUCCCCUCAAUACCAGUCACUGAAGAUCACGUACCAACUCCGCGUGCAUGUGCACAACCAUAUCACCCAGGCAGAGGCAGCCAAGGACAGCGGUUUCGUCACCGUUGGGGCUCACCAUGUAGACGAUUCAAGGUGGGCUAAUCCGCCUGGCCGCGGUCAGAUUUGUGAUACAUCAAAUUCGCGCAAAAUUCACUUUGGCAGUGGCUUUCCAUCAUUAAAGGUAACAAAAGAAAGCCACAAUUAGACAUCACCCAAGCUAAGUGCUAUGAAACAGCAAUUGCGUUUGACGUGAGGAGAAACCAACUUUUAAUCUUAGGAAUCUGGUGGUGCUUGGAUAAUCUGUGGUGUUUUUUCGUCGUUUGGUAGAUUUUUCGGUGCCAUUUUGAAUUACGUCAUUUGUGUACGGCAUGAGCAUCACCAUAACUCCCAGGUUCAAUGAAGGUGAAACCAAGUGUUGGUCGAAAGCACGGACUCGUUUUAGUUUGGCGAGAAUGGAGCUACUUUUCGAAGUACUUAACAGGCUAUUCUGUCUUUCCUUUCUCGUUGUUCAACUGUAUUGUUUGGUAAAGUUCUCCGUGUUUUACUGGUCAAAUCUAGCUAAAACCUCACAGAAACAUAAGAUAAACACCUGGUAACAUUUGUGCCGUCCCUGUUUUAUUGAGGAAUUUCCUCUCAAGUUUGAGCAUUUACUACGUCGGCGUUAACAAAACCGGGAAAAAGUUACCAAGGCGGUAUUGUUUAAAAAUGUCAAUUGGUUAUUUGUUUUAUUGACAUCAGAGUUACCGUGGCAACGUAAUGACGUUAUUACCAUUUUUUUUUUCUUGCCUUUGUUUUUGUUGGUACCAGAAAUCAUUUUUCAGAAACUGCUUAUGUGACCUUAUACCUCUCUUCGCCGCCUCGAUUAGGGCAAGGUUGAACAAUGCUCAAACUUGGGAGUUAUCCUCCCUAAAAAAUCCAGUCUUGCCACCUUAAGCGUUUCAUUACCGUUAUUUCGAAAGUCGUACGUUGCUAAUGUUUGAAACAUGAACCCAAGGGCUAACGAACCAAAGGCCACGUUUAUAGCUCUUCGCUCUGACGAGAUCUAUACGUUAUUAUUAAAAACUGAAUCAUUGGAUAAUGCAAUUCUAGCAUUUUGAUUGGCUUAGCCGUUAUGGUAUAUGAGCUAAUAUACCAUGUUCUCCAAAUAUGGUCGGUGUACGCGUCAGUUUAAAAUUGGAAGCUAGCUGAGAGUUUUUUCGCGAAGGAUAGAACGGCGCCCGAAGCAAAUCGUUUUAAUUCAUUUCUUAGAAUACUAGAAAUGCAAUUUCAACGAAAGAAAAAAGACAAAAACAAACAAAAAAGCCACAAGAGCUUGUUUGAAAGUUUGUCGAAAAACACAUGGAACUAAAGUACCUUGACCAGCUACGAAAGCAGACAAGUGUUGUUUCUUCAUGAUCUCGAAGCCAUUCGCCGAUCGAGUCACUCGCCGAUAGAUAACUGCAGCUUGUUUAUCCAACAUCAAGAAUAUUAAUUACAAGUAACCAGCUACAAAUACAGGCUAUGCAGCCAUUCACUAGAGCAAUCGAGGCGGCAGUAUAGCUUCUUUUCUCGUUCAGCAAAACCAGCUUGUGGCUUCAAACAACUUCAUAACAAGCGACGAGGUAACACCGGUAGUUUUUCUCCGUUGUUCUUACUUUUAUAACUGCACCUAAAAUCCAAAUUCAUAGUAAUUUCGACGGCUGUCACUUAAAAAUUCCUUUCCUUCACAUUAUCUGCCAGGUUUUUUAAGCUGUCCUGCUGUGUAAAAUCCUAGAAUCACGAUGAGUUUUUAAAAAACUAAUGUUCAUCGCACAAUGUUUUGAUUUUUCAUUCAUGCAGUCUAGGCGAGCGCCGCGAGCCCGUUCGUGCGUUGACAGUUUUGAUAGACGUGUGACAUGUCAAUAGCGAAAGUCCCUUGUCUUUUCCGUUUUGUUCUAGUCGGGGCGAUUCAACGAGAUUUUGUGGGCGUUUUUAAUAAAACAAUUAUUCCACUCGGGAUUGUUGGAUAUGAAAUGAUUAUAGCCAACUCGGCGCUAUGCGCCUCGUUGGCUAUCUAUCAUCUCAUAUCCAACGCGCCCUCGUGGAAUAAUUGUUAAUUAUAUGUUCUUAUAUGAAUGAGAUAUACUUCAUCAUAAACUGUAUUUGGGGUAUGUAGUUUUAAUUUCCUGUAUUGUUUGUUAUUUCAUACCGUUAUUAGUUAUCGUCCUAAAAUCCAAUUUUCAAUGUCACUAUUAUUAUAGCCAGCGGAGCCCUCUAUUGAAGAAAUAAAAGCUAUCCUUGCGGCCAACAACUGCUCUCAUAUAGAUUAUGACCAGGUAAUGUUUUCCAAGCCGAUCAUAAACGAAAUCUAUUCUCUUAAUAUCACCAUAAAUAAGGCCAAAUUUCUGCUAUGCUUUAUCGGGAAUAACUGUCUUUGGCCUUUGUGAAGUCUAGGGGGGAUGGGGGUGUGUAUUGGAAGGUUUUGUUUUCACUUUUUGAUGUAUAUCAUCGAUUUUUUUCAGUGACGCAAAAAAAAAAAUUUUGAAAUUUCUUGGCCAAGACAAGGGAGAGACUCGUGAAGGGUUAGGGCCAAUUAACACAGCUAUAAUGUAGCAACAUUUUUCAGACACUUUUUUUCCCCCAUGAAAAACUGAAGGAUUCUGGUAGUUGUAGUAAAAUGAAGUCAUCAUUUAUUGUUGUUUUUCAGGAAAAAGACGCCUUUAAAGUACAAAAACCUGCUGCCACUAACAAACACUACCAAGUGCAAAGGGACUUAGAGUUGGUCCUUCUUGGAGUAUCUGUUGUUGCAGUGAUCCUGUCUCUCAUAAUACUUACCAUGAUAAGGUAAAUUAACGGACUUAAACCGAAAAAUAGUUCUCAAGUGUGUUACGUAUUGUGACCUUCAUUAAGGUUACUUUGCUCUUGACAGUUUUGAACUGUUAUCCUUACGAAUAUGAUUCUUAAAAAUAAGCAACCUUCUAUAGUCAACGAAUACGGUCGCUUUUCACCACCGCUAAAAGGACGCAAGAGAGACGUCCAUGCCUGCUGGAAGAAUACGUUGAAAGCACUGUGCAAAAUAUCGGGCUACUUACCAUUUUAUUUUAUUCAUUCUAUAGGAUUAAACGCACCGAGAGAAUUUUCGUUCACAAGAAUCUUCUCCUUUCUCUUGGACUUGGUAACCUCGUGUUUAUUUUGGAUAUCGCCUCAUUUUCUACACGGAUGGAUCAUAUUGUAAGCUUUCUCGAGGUUUUAUGGUUUAUCACAGUUCCUAAAGUUUACAUGCUAUGCGUUAUAUUUGUUAUCCCCUUUUCAUCUUAUCAAUAAUGUAAUACACAGUCAAAAACUCUUCACAACGGCAUUCUUGUCCAUUGGAGACUAGUUAGAUCUCUGCAGCUCGCAAUUACGUAGGUUUUGUGAAAUGCAACGGGAGAUGGGAAGAGAAAGUUAGCUGGAAAGCCAAUUUAAGGUGAUUGUCUCUUAAAGCCUUAUAAGAUCUUAUGAUUCACAGCUUUGAUAUAUGCAAAAUUUUAAGCGUUUGUAUGGAAAACUAGGCUUCCGUUGACAUAUUCAGUAUUUUCCUUAUUACUGAAACAAUCAUAAAAUCACACUGUUGGGAGUUAAAACCUAAAAUAUUUCGGAGGCCCACAAAUUUGAUAAAUGCUCUAUCAAUUUCGGGUAUUUUACGCUGGCAUCCCAACAUUUUCGCAUCAGAUAAGGAUUCUUGAUCCCGCGCUGCUAAGGUCCUGUUCCCGGUUCAAUUGUUUGAGUUGGCAGACACCUUCGAUAAAUUAGCAAAGUGUGUAUAACCCUAUAUUGGCACCAGACCAUACAUGUUGUAAUAAGUCUAAAAAAAUAGAAUAGAAAACAAUAACAAUGACGAAUUUAUUUCUUGUGUUGCUGUCAUUUGUUGUGAAGUAUUUUGAAAGUUAUUUUUAAGACGGAUCUAUCUAGUACAUAUAUUCAUCCUUACUUUCCAACCAUCUUCCAUAUAACAAAAUCUCGUCUGAGUUUGCAUAACAAAGAAAUCCUAUGUGGGGAACAUUUAAAAUUGUAAACUUUUCUUGGCUAUUGUUUUCAACUCUUAUGAUUGGUCAAGAUCUUUUAACACAAAAAACAUCCUUUCAAAGUGGAGUGUAAAUGCAUUUUAUUGCGUAAACAGCCUUCAUGCGGGUUUAUGCAUUCUCUAUGUAAAACAGAGAAUGCAUAACAACAUUCCUAUGUGGGGAAAGCACCGUUGCCACAUAACAAAAGAAAUUGCUAUCCACCUUACCCGGAUCAUUACUUAAAACCGCUACUAUACUUGAACUAGGAGGAGAAGUAGAGUAGAAGUAGAGAAGUUGGUUAAACUGAGAAAGUUGCUGAGUAAGUAGAAGUUGCAAGAAGAAUAAAGGCAAGAUGUAAAUCAGAUUCCUGGUACCUCCCAGCACCCUCACACACCUCUCACACCCCCACACAUUUUUAGCUCAUGACGCUUAUAAAAAAAAAAAAUUUUGUAUAUGAAUAUGAAGCCUACAAAUCAGAUACUGGAAUUCACAUUUUUUUAAGCCAAACUUAUCGUGGGUGAUAUUAGCCUUUUGACAUGACGUCACGUUCGCCAUGAACAAUCAAACGGCCAGGAAUUACCAGGAAUUACCAGGUCAGGAAUUUAAACAAUAUUGACUCAAUAUUGAAAUUUUGAUCAAUAUUAAGUAAUGUAUAUCUCUUUGAGUUGCGGCUAAAUGAAUGUGUAUUACUCGGUCCAAUCGUCUCGCGAAAAAAAAAAACAAUCAUUUAAUAACUAAAUGAUAAUUUAAUUAAAGUGGUGGAAAAAGAAUAACUUGAAAGGAUGUUUUCUAUUUUAGGUCCUUUGUUGCUUAGUUGCCGUGAUUCAGCACUAUCUUCAUACAUCUCUGUUUACGUGGAUGCUGGUGGAAGGAAUCAAUCUUUACAUAAAGCUGGUUAAGGUCUUCCCAGUCGGCAAACUGUAUCUGUCUUACCUGAUGAUGGGAUGGGGUUCGUAUCUUUAUAUUUCUACGAUUAGACCACUGAUUGCAGAAUUUUUUUCAUGAAGAUUUCAAAAAUGGAAACAUUUAUUGCAGGAUAUCUUUCCCUAGUUAUUCAAAUCUAGAUUUUUAGUGAUAUAAUUUAUAAAAUGUUGCAAGAAAAAAAAAUUGAAUAAAUGAGAACAAGAAUAUGAAUAAUGAAUAAUAACUAUAAAGGUUUAAAAGAGUUGGCUAGUAUUUUAAAAGGCGGUUGACAAAAGAACUGAAAGGGAUAAUUACAGUAGAUAUUCAAAAGAUUCUGUUUCACGCUUAAUAAAUGUAAGCAAGGCUAAUUAACAAUUAUUCCACGAGGGCGCGUUGGAUAGGAGAUGAAAGAUAGCCAACGAGGCGCGUAGCGCCGAGUUGGCUAUAAUCAUCUCCUAUCCAACAAGCGCGAGUGGAAUAGUUGCUUUAUUUAAAACGCCCACAAAAUCUCGUUGAAUCUCCCCGACUAGAACAAAUCGGAAAAGACAAGGGACUUCCGCUAUUCACAUGUCACACGUCUAUCAAAACUGUCAACGCGCGAACGGACUCGCCUGGAUUGCAUGAAUGAAAAAUCAAGCCAUUGUAGCGAUGAACAUUAGUUUUUUAAAAACUCACCGGGAUUCUAGGAUUUUACACAGCAGAACAGCUAGAAAAACCUGGCAGAUAAUGUGAAGGAAAAGAAUUUUUGAAUGACAGCCGUCGAAAUUACUGUGAAUUUGGAUUUUCGGUGCAGUUAUAAAACAACGGAGAAAAACUAUUGCCUCGGUCGCUUGUUAUGAAGUUGUUUGAAGCCACAAGCUGGUUUUGCUGAACGAGAAAAGAAGCUAUACUGCCGCCUCGAUUGCUCUAGUGGAUGGCUGCAUAGCCUGUAUUUGUAGCUGGUUACUUGUGAUUUAUAUUCUUGAUGUCGGAUAAACAAGCCGCAGUUAUCUAUCGGCGAGUGACUCAAUCGGCGAAUGGCUUCGCGAUCACACAGGGUCCAGAGGACAUGUGUUUGUUGUCAGAAAAUCAAAACCCGUCGAAAACCUCUGAUCGCGUUACAUUUUCGUUACACAUUCUAUAGACCGCAAACCAAGGGACUGAGGGCUCGCAAGAUCGGCUUACAGUAUAAAAUACGGAAAGGGAGGAAACAACGAAUCCCUGAAACUCAAAUGGAAUUGAAUGAAAUCACCUGAUUUUGCUAACCUGAUCUAGAAUUCUUAUGUAUUCGCCAAAUACUGUAGGAAAACGGCAUAAAAAAGCGUUCAAAUUCAUUUUCGGCGGACGAAAUUUACGGCUUCGAGAUAGCGCUUUCGUUCGCUGAGCACCGCAACAGAUGGUGACGGAAAUGACGUAGUAAAGUAAAUGUGCUCAACAUCGGAGCAAUAAAAGGGAAACGUACACGACUUUUGCCUCAUACCAAAAUGCUGCUCGUUCCAAUAAAGUUUUUUUCCUCUGCUAGGUAGAUUAUGCUCUGGAAGGUUCGACAUUUUCACUGAACAAAUGUGAUUUUAGCGCGGAUUUUAGCCGCAUGUUUCACACUGAGAGGUCAUGACACAUAUCGAUUUACAGUGGUUAUUGUUUCUGGUCGGCAGGAUUUGCCCUCUGAUGCAAGCGCAUUUUCUUUGACUUCUUUGGAAGCGUAAAGCUUUUUAUUACGGCUGAAGAAGGGUUCCAAUAUUCUCCAAAGAGCCUUCUGGAUCUGACUAAGCGAUUUUCUUUAGUCCGUGAAUGUAAUGUUUUUCUGCAAUGCUGUAUCACACGCUGGGCCCAGCCCUUCAGUGUAUAUUCAACCGAAAAUGAUUUUAUUGUCAUAAUUUUAGGAAUACCAGCAGUCAUCGUUGGCUUGGUGGCUGCUAUUCGUCCUUCUUCUUAUGACAUGGGGAAAAGUUUGUAUAAGAACAUUACAUGCGGCUCAUUGAAUUUUGCCGCAAUGAUUGAAAGAACCAGGUAAACUGACAUUCCAUUAACAACCUUACUGUUACUGUAGUGAAAUACCAUUAUAGUAGUUAAUAAUUUUUGGCCAUAUCAUUAUUCUCGAUCAUCAUCAUUAUCAUCAUCAUCAUCGUCACCAAUAUCAUCGACAUCGUCAUGAGUUAUUAUCGACAACUACAACUCUAACACGAUAUGAUCGUUAUCAUCGCGAGCAUCACCAUUUUAAAGGUUAUUAGUUCGCUUUAUUCUUGUGUUUACAGAUGCUGGAUAAACGGCAGUCAGUGGAUUUACAAAGGUCCAGUUUUAGCAAUUCUCCUGGUGAGCACCAAUGAUUUCAUACAUAACAUUCAGGCAGCCUUUACCUAAGUUUGAUGGACAGGAAUUAAACAAACCGUCAAACGUUUCUUUAAGAGGGUAUAAAUUUACUGAAAUUUGCAUGAAAGGCUGAGAAUUAAACUCGUGGCCCUUUAGUAGUACGGAAACACAUUGUAGUUCAAACUGGAAUUUGAAGGUGUGGGUUUUGGAGAACAGGGGAAAUUCGAAGUACCCGGAGGGAAAUCUCUCGAGGAAAACAAAAAACAACAACAAACUUAACCCUCGUAUUUUGUUAACCGGGACUUAAGACCAGGCCUCUUUGGUGGAAGGCGGGGACUCGUACAACUACACCAGCCCUAGCGCUCCUCCCUUUUGGGCCAUGAAGUCUCCGCUUACCACAUAUGCUGCAUACUCAGAGGUAGAUUGCCUAGACUGAGACAGAAUUCAAAUAAAAUUACGAAACCAGCUUUGGGCUAGAGGCCCGCCUACCACUUCAAUAUGUAGUAUAAGACAAUGGAACUUAGAGUUUAAAAUUUUUACUUCUCGCAGAUAACAUGGAUGAGGGCCGCACUGAAAAUCGAGAAGUGUGUCAUUUAAAAAUGUUAUUGCUCAUUGAAACAAAAUUCACCUUUUGACUCACAGCAGCGUACAUUGAAGCUUACUCAGUGCUGUUUAAUUACUAGUGGCAUCCCUUCGGGAUUUCAUUUUAGCCCCUUUCACCGGCUUUCGACGACAUUAUUUUUUUUCAUUUCAGAUAAACCUGAUUCUGUUCGUGAUCAUUUUGAGAGUUGUAUUUGGUAAAAUAUCCAACAAAUAUGGCAAAAAUAAAAUAGAGGCUGCAAGGUAAGUUCACUUGUACAGUAAUAAGAAGGCUCGGUACUUUAUUAUUUUAACUAUUCGUGUAGGUAUUUACAACUACGGAGAAUAGCUGUAGAGGCCACUUGAUAGAUUGGCCAAUUUAUAGUGGCAUGCUUUUGAAAAAUCAUGAUAUCUCUUUUAUAGGAGAGGCAUAAGGAGUACUGUUGCCUUGCUUCCCCUUCUUGGGGUCACGUGGUUGCUGGGAUUCUUUGUUGAUUUCCACGAUUCCGUGAAGUAUGCUUUUAUUUUGGUGAACUCUUUAAUGGUAAGUACCGGUAAAUCUCCAUGGGUAAGUUUGAAUUAUUGAUGUAUUUGUCCCUAGAGUAGACCAAGUUUAGCUGCUCGUUAAUUUGCAGUCCUUUUUCUAGAUAAAUAGAAAUAUCAUGACUUCUGCUAACCGAUAAGACUCAGACUAAUGCUCAAGUGAUAAAGAUACGAAGAAAGCUUCUUUUCCAGCCACUAUAGAGGCUGGGGAGUUUUGUUGAAAAUUUGACGACAAAAGUCCCCUUGCCAUCCUGGCUGAUUGUAUUUGUUUUUGUUCAUAGGGACUGGUUUUUUGCAUCUUUCAUUGUGUUUUGGAUGACCAGGUAAGAGGACAUAGAGCAAAGGGGCAUAGUUAAUUCUCAGCCUUUGCUAGUUUUCCUAUACAACAGGUGAGCAAAUAUCAGUUAACAACAGUUCAAAUUGCAUGACCAACUACAGUGGAACCUCGGUAUAACGAACCUCUAUAUCUCGCUAGCUGCAUUCCACUACAUUCAGUACCGUUAUCAAAGAUGCAUCACAACGCCUUCGAAACCUAAAGUAGAAUUAGUAUAGGUAAUAGCAUGAUUUGUAGUGAUAUUUGGCAUAAAUUCCACGGGUGAUAUUUCAAAAUUGUUAUACGUAAUUUCACGAGCCGCUAGGCGAGUGAAAUUUGAGACAAUUUUGAAAUAUCACGAGUGGUAUUUAUGCCAAAUAGCACAUACAAAUCAUGCUAUUAUUUUUUUAUACUACUACCCACAAAAGGUUUGCAAUUUUCACGUGUAGGUAUUUUAAAUUAAGCUGAAAUACCACUGCUCUAAGCCAAUCAGAUUGCAGAAAUUUCUGAUGUAGUAGUAUAAAAGUACAAAUAUCACUACGAGAACGCAUAAAUAAAAUAUACAACGAACGUCAGAUCAAUGUUCCUCGAUAGGUACCCGGUUUUAUGUGUCCUGCAGCCGCAAAUGUCCGAUCCAUUGAGUCCUUUCAAAUCCACUCUUGUAAAUCCAGUCUCCACUCUUUUCCACCACGAAUCUACUCUUGAAAGUUUCAACUCAUGUCUUUGAAUUAAUUACAAUUUCGCUUUACUGAAAGGUACGAUUUAUGAAUACUAAAUAUUAAGGGCCUCAACGAACUCGUGCAUAUGGAAUGUCACAAACUUUCGCACGUAUCAGCGAAACACUCUAUAUUACGAAGUUCUCGGUAUAACGAACAAUUUUCUUUACCCCAGUAAUAGUAAAAUGUAUGAAAUAGAAAAUCAAUAUAAAGAAACUUCGAUAACUUUAUAGCGAAAAAAUUUUGCCAGUCUCCUUGCCCUUCGUUAAAUCGAGGUUACACUGUAAAUUUAUAUGUUCAUCACUCAACUAUUUCUGCACCAGGUUAGAGAGGCCCUGCGAGCACGUAAAGCCAGAAGAAAACAGUCAGUCAGACGAGAAAACAGGAACAACGCCCGCCUCCAACACCACGACACCAACUGCUGAGAGAAACAGUCGUAUCAACAAGUUUGUAUUUUCUGGUAAGGAAGAGAGUAAAAGGAAGAACAAAAAAAUUAAAAGAAAGAGAAAAAUAAGACGAGAAAUAAUUUUGCAUUCUUACGUGUAACGUUUUCUCCAUGACUGUAGUGAGUAUAAACACACACAAGAAAGAGUUAGUUGAGACCAGUUUAUGAAAACGACUGCUUUAAAAAGUUUCUCCAAAACAAGCCUCAAAAGUGCCUAAAAAUGAGGGUAUAAGUUUCAAAGAAACUGUGGCGCUACCUCGACCGUCGGGGAGUAGAACCAAAAAAAUAACUUUAUCAAUGAAGAAAACCCCUUAAUAAAAGACUCAAAACCUGAGAUUCCGAGCUCUAGCAGAGAGAGUUUGCGUGUAGAUCUCAGUUCAAAGAGAGAUCACAUACUAAAGUUCAUUGCUGUUAUUCUGCAGAAAACAGUAAUGGAAAAGAGGAUUUGAUUAGAGUAAUAAGCGAAGGACAAGACGAGUCCAGGAUCUGAAAUUCCGUCAUGCAGUUCAACCCUCGAUAGUGGCAAGAUUACAAGUAUAUUAACAGCUUUUUUUAAAAUUUACAGCGAAUUUCGUAGUAUCGCGCUGCGAUUUUUGCAAACUUCAAAGGGGUUUGGGGUUUUUCUGUUCCGUCAAUCAUUUUAGUGAAGGCGGGGUUAAUCAAAUUCACAAUGUAACCUGCUCACCCAGCUUGGCUGAGAUUCUGAGAAUGACUCUACAUCGCUCAAGAAUAGCGAGGGAAAUUGCGAUAGUGAGUGAAUUUUGUUGUCGAAGGAAGAAGGCGCGGCAAACGCUCGCAAGUAACAAGAAUAAGAAAGACCAUAAACAUCUGCGAAGCAAACUUUUAAAACUAGUCGAUUAUUGCCAGAAACAGAACGAUCACAAAGCAACGAACUUUACAACAUAAAACAAACAAAACGGACCGAAAUCGUCCAAUCACGAACCACAAACUACAACCUUCUGAAAUCCUGAAAGUAAACGUGUUUCCUAAGACGUCUGCUAAGAUGAUUGACUGAACCGAAAAGCUCCAAAAUUUGCAAAACGCACAGCGCGAUACAACGAAUUUCGCUUUAAGUAGCAGUAUAGAUGACGUUUUAGCUGCAGAGUGGUAGACCGGACUACGGUCUGUUAAAU